AUGGAUAACGAAGAUCUUUCGGCAUCCCACUGGGACGAUGUAUAUACUGGGUCAGACCCUUCUCCUUUCCAAAGCAAAUUGCCCAACAUUCUUCAAAGUGAUGAAUUUGCCCCACCUUCUUACGAUGAUGAUGAUGAUGAUGAUGAUGAUGGUGAUGAAGAUAAAGAUAAAGACCAGGUAGAUGAAGAAAACCAGAAACCAGAACAACACCACGAAUCAUAUGAUUACUCUUCACACACUUCGAACUUCAACCCGGCUGAUAAUACUGACAACGAUCAUCAAGCACAAAUUAAUCACCACCUACACCCAACCGAUACCGUGAAUACAUCCACUUUUGGGGAUUAUAAUGACCCAUCAAACCAGUACCCAACAACCACCCAAAGUCCAGUAUCCACAAAUUUCCAUGAUAAUGCUUCUACCGAAGCCACUAAAAGCAUCAAUAAUGAGGCCACAAGGGCGAAAAACCAGAACUUGUUAUCGUCUUUAACAAAGGACAUAGAAGAUGAUGGAAUUCUGAAUUUGGCAAACUCGGCAUUCGGAACGAUUUCUCAAACCGUAAACCACGUUGGUAAAGAUGACUCUCUAUUCAACGUAAUGGAAGAUAACAAGUUCAAUGAUUUUAGUGCUGGAACGAUAGGUAGCUCCUCGAGUGGUGAUCAUCAUCAACAACAACCUGCCAAAAAGUAUAAUAGUUUGCCAGUGAAGAUGUAUCGUGCCCCAAGAGUACGCCGCAACAAAUUGGCUACCACGACUUCAAAAAAUGGUGAAGAGAAAUCGUCGAAUACUCCUGAAAACGGCACUGUGGCAACAAAGAUAGAAGGAACCGAAAACUUGGGUCCUUUGGGUGAAGCGUUGAACAAUAAAUUGAAACUUGAAGAAAAGGAGUCCAAUACCAAAGAUGCACCAUUAAGUCGAGGGGCAAAACUUGUGCAAGAAGUUGAUGCUCCAUUGUACAAUCUUCAAAAACCUUCGCAGGUAUCACCAACUCAUAAGAGCUUGACCGACAAUCCUGAAUUGAGUAACCAAAUAGGAGAUUUUUUUUCAAAAAAACAACAAGAAAAAAUGGAACAAAGACUCACCAAACCUGAACCAGAAGGGGUCACUGAAAAAUUGGAGGUCUAUGUAGGCGAUCCUACUAAAGUUGGUGAUAUUACUUCUGCGCAUAUAGUAUACACCGUCAGGGCCGCCACGGAAUCUAAUUUAUUAAACUCGAGUGAAGUGGUGGUUACUCGUCGUUACAAAGACUUCCGUUGGCUAUAUCAUCAGCUACAAUCCAAUAAUCCAGGAUACAUCAUUCCUCCUCCGCCACUCAAGCAAGCUGUGGGAAGAUUCAAUGAACAGUUUAUUGAAAGCAGAAGAUUUGCCCUUGAAAAAAUGUUACAGAAAAUUAGUGUCAGCCCAGUGUUACAAAAGGAUCCUGACUUUUUAAUGUUUUUGCAAUCCAAUAAUUUCAGCAAUGAAGCUAAAGAACGUGAAAAGCUCACGGGCUCAGGAGCCUCUAGCGCUGGUGACGAUUAUGAUAUGGGUGGGUCGAGUGGUUCAGGCUCCGGAGCUGGUGGGUUCAUGAGUGCUUUAGGUGGGGCAUUUUCAUUCACCGCAAAAGUCACCGAUCAAGAUGAUUUUUUCUUGGAUCAAAAAGCAUACGUUGAAGAUUUGGAUAUGUAUUUGAAAUCAUUCUAUAAAAACUUUGAGUUGAUUGUCCAGCAACGGAAUGAAUUAAGUAACGUCACCGAAGAAUUUGCUAAUGCGGUACAAUCUUUGGCGGAUAUUGAAACCUCUAAAGAUUCUAAUAAUUUGUUAUCGGCAUUCUCUCAUACACAUCAUAGAAUCAAAGAAUUACUCGAACGUCAAAGUAUGCAAGACUUAAUCACUUUGGGUUCGGUUUUGGAUGAAUAUAUUCGUAUUUUGGGGUCAAUUAGGGCGGUGUUUGCCCAGCGUCAUAAAGCCCUUGUCGCCAGUACUAAUUCUGAGCAUGAGUUAUCAAAGAAACAGGUAGCAUUGGAGAAGUUUACUAGGAAUUACAGAAACCAGGUAGACAAAAUCGAGGCUAUGAAGAACGAAGUUGCCAGUUAUGAAACUAAAAGCUCUGGGUUGAAACAAAAGUUCGAAGAACUUUCUGCCACAAUCAAGAAAGAACUCAAUCGGUUUGAGUUUGAAAAAAUUGAAGAUUUUAGAAACGCGGUGGAAACUUUCUUGGAAAGCUUAAUCGAAAGCCAAAAGGAAGCUAUUGAAUUGUGGGAAACUUUCUACGAAAGAGAAAAGUUAGAUGAAGUUGAUAAUAUCAAUUUUGAAGAAACGGACUCAUGA